GAGAAUUUCAAUUAGAGUGUUAUAAAUUCAUAUCUUUAUGAACAUCAAUGAAUGGCAGAUAAUUUCUGUCCUAUAUAAAGAGGAACAUUUCCCUGAUUGAUAUCAGUUUUGGCAAAGCUUUUAUUAGCGAGACAAAAUGAAAUUCUUCGUAGCUCUUGUUGCAUUGGUGGCCGUAGCUGCCGCUAGCCCACGAAACAGGCUCCCCCUUGGAGAUGACGCUCAGCUAGCUGCUGUCAUCGCUGCCAUUCAGAGCCCCAGCACCGACCCCGCCACCGCUGCCCUUCUGGAACAACAGUUGGCACAAAUCCUUGGUCUCGAACCCAUCUCUGUAGGCCCCGCCAUUGUUGAGCCUUCACCCAUCGUCGUUGGACCUGGUGUUGUUGAAUUCCCCGUCAUUCAACCGAGCCCCGAGCCUAUCGUCGUCAGCCCCCCCGUCGUCAACCCCCCUGUCGUCGUCAACCCUCCCGUUGUUCAACCUCCCGUUGUAGUCCUCCCUCCUCCCGCGCCUGCACCCCAGCCUGCACCCCAGCCUGAAUCCAGCAGCGCUUCUCUUGUUCAAAUUAUCUUGAACAUCAACCAGGCCGAGUCUGGAGCCGCCGUCCCCCCUGGCGUUGCUCUGCUCCCCGAGCCCAUCCAGAUCGUGGAAGCCCCUGAAGUCGUAGACCCCGUUCAGGUUGUCGAAGCCCCCGCAGUCGUCGACCCCGUGAUCGUUGUGGACGGCCCCGCCGGCCCUGUCGAGCCCAUCAUCGUUGCUCCCCCCAUUCUCCCUACCCCCAUCAUCACCCUCCCUGAAGAACUUAAAUUCAAAAUGAAAUUCUUCGUAGCUCUCGUCGCUGUGGUAGCCGUGGCUGUCGCCAGCCCGGUGAGCAGGAGCCGCAUCAACAACAAUCAGCUGGCUGCUAUCAUCGAGGCCAUCCAGAGCCCCCUCACAGACCCCUCCACCGCCGCUCUCCUCGAACAACAACUGCAACAAAUCCUCGAAAGUCUUGAGUCUAUCUCUGUUGGCCCCGUAAUUGUCAACCCUGCACCUGAACCCAUCGUCGUUGGCCCCGGUGUCAUUGAAUUCCCCGUUAUUGAACCGAGCCCCGAGCCCAUCGUCGUCAGCCCUCCCAUCGUCGACCCUCCUGUCGUCGUCAGCCCCCCCGUCGUCGAACCUCCCACGGCUCAACCCCCAGUCGUUGUCCUCCCCCCUCCCGCUCCCGAACCUGAAGUUGAAUCUAGCAGCGCUCCUCUCGUUCAACUCAUCUUGAACAUCAACCAGAUGAAAUAUUUCGUAGCUCUUAUUGCUUUGGUAGCCGCGGCUGCGGCCAUUCCGGCGCACAAGCCCGCUCUGUCCGAUGACGACCAGCUGGCUGCCAUCAUCGAGGCCAUCCACAGUCCUACCACCAACCCAGCUACCGCCGCUCUUCUGCAACAACAGCUGCAGCAAUUGUUUGGAAUCGAGUCUAUUGACGUCGGCCCUGCUCUCGUUGAAGAACCUUCACCCAUUGUUGUUAACCCUGAACCCAUCGUUGUUGGCCCUCCCGUCAUCAGCCCUCCCGUCGUCAAUCCUCCCGUUGUCAGCCCUCCCGUUGUCACUCCUCCCGUUAUCAGUCCUCCCGUCGUUGAGCCCCCAGUCGUCGUCAGCCCUCCCGAAGUUGAACCUCCCGUAGCCCAACCCCCAGUCGUCGUCCUUCCUCCUGUUGUUGAACCUCCCGUAGCUCAACCCCCAGUCGUUGCCCUCCCUCCUCUCGCGCCUGAAGCCCAGCCUGAAUCCAGCAGCGUUCCUCUCGUUCAAAUCAUUUUGAACAUCAACCAGGCUCAGUCUGGAGACGUCGCUGUGCCCCCUGGUGUUGCUAUCCUCCCUGAAAUCAUCGACAACGAUUCCGUCGAGCCCAUUGUCGCCGCUCCCCCCACAGCGAUUCUUCUGAUUUAUGAUACGUACCUAAUGCAACUAAUUCGUAUAAAAGUAGGAUCUUUUCUUUCAAACGCAUCAGUUGGAUCAAAACUCACUGAAAAAUUCAAUAUGAAACUCUUCGUAGCUAUUGUUGCCCUGGUAGCCGUGGCUGCGGCCAUUCCGGCGCACAAGCCCGCCGUGUCCGAUGACGACCAGCUGGCUGCCAUCAUUGAGGCCAUCCACAGCCCUACCACCAACCCAGCUACCGCUGCUCUUCUGCAACAACAGCUGCAGCAAUUGUUUGGAAUCGAGUCUAUUGAUGUCGGCCCCGCCCUCGUUGAAGAACCUUCACCCAUUGUUGUUAACCCUGAGCCCAUCGUUGUUGGCCCUCCCGUUAUCAGCCCUCCAGUCGUUAGCCCUCCCGUUGUCACCCCUCCUGUUGUCAGCCCUCCUGUUGUUACUCCUCCCGUUGUCAGCCCUCCCGUCGUUGAGCCCCCAGUCGUCGUCAGCCCUCCCGAAGUUGAACCUCCCGUAGCCCAACCCCCAGUCGUUGUCCUUCCUCCUGUUGUUGAACCUCCAGUAGCUCAACCCCCAGUCGUCGCCCUCCCUCCUCUCGCGCCUGAAGCCCAGCCUGAAUCCAGCAGCGUUCCUCUUGUUCAAAUCAUUUUGAACAUCAACCAGGCUCAAUCUGGAGACGUAGCCGUACCCCCUGGUGUUGCUAUCCUCCCUGACUCCGUCGAGCCCAUCGUUGCCGCUCCCCCCGUCCUCCCCGCCCCCGUGAUCUCUCUUCCAGAAAUCCUUAACUCAAACAUGAAAUUCGUGCUAAUUGCUGCCGCUGUCCUCGCCGUGGCCGUUGCUGGCCCCGCCAACCGUGCCCUAGUGGCGCCUGAGAUCACUGGCCCCGUGCCUAUAGUGCCUGCCCCCAUCGGAGUUGGACCCAACCCCGGUGUAGCUGGACCUGCGCCCAUUAUUAUUCCCGAACCUAUUGAUGUUGGUCCCGCCAUUGUCGACCCCGCACCUGAGCCCAUCGUCGUUGGCCCCGGUAUCAUUGAAUUCCCUGUCAUUGAAUCGAGCCCCGAGCCCAUUAUCGUCAGCCCUCCCGUCGUCAACCCACCUGUCAUCACCCCUCCCGUUGUCAGCCCUCCCGUCGUAGACCCCCCUGUCGUUGUCAGCCCUCCUGUUGUUGAACCUCCUGUAGCCCAACCUCCAGUCGUCGUCCUCCCUCCUCUCGCGCCUGAAUCUCAGCCAGAGCCCAGCAGCGCUCCUCUCGUUCAAAUUAUCUUGAACAUCAACCAAGCCGAGUCUGGACCCGUCGCCGUUCCCCCUGGUGUCGCUCUAGUUCCUGAAAUCAUCGGCGAACCCGUCCAGAUCGUGGAAGCCCCCGAAGUCAUCGAACCCGUCCAGAUUGUUGAAGCCCCCGCAGUUGUCGACCCCGUAAACGUGGUAGAUGGACCCGCUGGCCCUGUCGAGCCCAUCAUCGUUGCUCCCCCGAUCAUCUCCACCCCCGUCAUCACCCUCCCCGAUCAACUUAACUAAACAUAAAAUGUGAUAAUUAAAAGUGAUAAAUAAAACUGUUAAAUACAAAUAAUGAGAAAUGUGAGAAUUUAAGAUUAGCAUUAGCAUUUAAGAUCUGCAGUGUCAAUUAACGAUCUACUUGCUUAUGUUAUUUUAAGAAUAUCUGAAAAUGAAAUAAACUAUGUAUAAUUCUUA